UCUCCUUUCGUAACUAACCAUAAUUUAAUACCAGGAAUUGUCUGUCAUAAAAUGGUGGACAUGCUUGCAUUACGGUUAUGCUAUCCAUUGACACUCAUCAACAACAACAACUACAUCUACUGCCGCAAAACAUUAUCUCCUCUUUGGAACACCAAACCUCGCAGUUACAGCUUCUUCAAACUGGAAGCCAGAAACAGCAAAGCUUCCUUCAACGAAGCUGCUUUCGAGGCAGAGCGGCUCACACUCGACGCCGAAGCUCGCCAAGCCAUGGCGGAUUCUCUACAAGAAGAUCCCAAAGCUUGGAAAUGGGUAAUCCGAAAGAGAAUAUGGGAUGCGAUGGAAGCUAAUAACUUUGCACAGAACCCGAGACCCGUUCACCACCGUAUCCCCAAUUUCGUUUCCGCUUCUGUUGCUGCUGAUAAGAUGAGGGAACUAGAUGUUUUCCGUGUUGCACAAUGUGUGAAGGUUAAUCCAGAUUCUCCUCAGAAACAAGUUAGAUAUCUCACUCUUUCAGAUGGAAAGAAGUUGUUAACUCCUCAACCACGCCUAAGAACAGGUUUUUUCUCUGUAAUUGAGUCCAAUAUGUUAACUUCGGGUACCAUCAAGGAAGCCUGUACUUCUGUUGGGGUUGCCAAAUAUGGACGUCCAAUUGGAUUAGAUGAAAAGAUAAAGGUAGAUCUUAUUGUUAUUGGAUCUGUUGCUGUUGACCCGACGACAGGUGCUCGAUUGGGAAAGGGAGAGGGAUUUGCAGAACUUGAAUAUGGUAUGCUGCGGUACAUGGGAGCUAUUGAUGAUUCAACACUAGUUGUUACCUCUGUGCAUGACUGCCAAUUGGUGGAUGAUAUUCCAGUUGAAAAGCUGUUAAUCCAUGAUGUACCAGUGGAUAUCAUUUGUACUCCAACUCAGGUCAUUUUUACAAAUACAUCCAUUCCAAAGCCUCAAGGAAUUUAUUGGGACAAAUUGUCUCCUGAGAAGUUGGGACAAAUUCGUAUACUUAGAGAGCUCAAAAGAAGGAUUGAAUUAGAGACUGGACAAAAGCUUCCUACUGGUCCAUCAGAAAAUUUGCCUCCUACUGCUCAACGAAGUAGAAGGGGUUAACUAGUAAAUAUGAGUUGUGAUGGAUCUAUGUAUAUAUUGGAAAUGUUUAACAUAUAAUUCAGAAAGGAAAUGGAUAAUACGGCUAUAUGAAUACCAAUUCUAAAGUAAUUCAAGCAAGUAUUGAAGUAUUUAACCAAUCUGAAUCUUGCUUAUGAAGCCUCAGAAGUAGUGUUAUAUGUUACUAUUGGAUUUCAUGAAAGUUGGAAGCAUAUAAAGAGCGAAAUGAGUGAAUUCACUUGACUUAUCAUUAAAUAACUGUUUUUUUAAAUCUAAACAUUUUUGUGUCA